ACUAAAAAUGACACGUCCCGCCGGGUACUACUUUGUGUAGUGGCAGACUACUGUCCCGCGUCCAAUAAUUUGGAGUGGAGCGGCCAUAAUUCUGGUGCUGACACCCCGGACAGGAACAUGGCUAACUGAUGUGAGGAGUAGUCCACAGUUCUGGGCUUAAUCGACGCGAGAUAUGCGUUUGUACGGGCCAAGUCGACAGACAGAGGGGGUGACGAACACGGGAGGAUUGCUGGAUGGCUUGCAAUGGGCUGUAGUUCGGGGAAACUAGUGCCGGAGCCCCCGAAAGGCGGUGUGCACGCUGAGUACGUGAAAACAGUCUUCCCGAACGAUUACUACAUCACGAAGUUCAACGAGGUACCAAACAAGGGGGAGUACAGCUCUCCCUACUCCCAGGAAGGGGAGGGGGGACAAGGGGGCCGGCGGCGAAAACCGGCCAAGUACAGGACAAGGAUAGAUCCCCGUGUCCUGGCCAAGUACGACAUCAAGGCGUUGAUAGGACGGGGAAGUUUCUCCAGGGUAGUACGGGUCGAGCACCGGAUCAGCCGGCAGCCAUUCGCGAUCAAAAUGAUCGAGAGACGGCCCGGGGCCGCCACCAUUGCCGAGACCGAACUUCACGUACUCAGGAGAGUUAGACAUACGAACAUUAUCCAACUCAUGGAGGUGUUUGAAAGUGACGAUAAGAUCUACAUGGUCAUGGAGUUAGCCACGGGUGGGGAACUCUUCGACAGGAUUGUGGCCAAGGGAAGUUUCACGGAACGGGACGCUACACGGGUUCUACAAAUGGUGUUGGACGGAGUGCGGUACCUCCACAACUUAGGAAUCACACAUCGGGACUUGAAGCCAGAAAACUUGCUGUACUACCACCCAGGGAAUGAUUCAAAGAUCAUGAUAACAGACUUUGGGUUGGCUUUCGCUAGGAGAGCGGGAGACGAUCUGAUGAUGAGGACUACUUGCGGGACACCCGAGUAUAUCGCUCCCGAGAUCUUGUGUAGAAGACCGUACAGCUGUGCUGUAGAUAUGUGGGCAAUAGGAGUUAUCACCUACAUUCUCCUGAGUGGAACAAUGCCUUUUGACGAUGAAAACAGGACUAGAUUAUACAGAGCGAUCAUCAAAGCCAAGUACACCUAUACGGGAGAGCACUGGAAGGACGUCUCUGCGCUGUCCAAGGACUUCAUCGACCACUUGCUGAUCAUCGACCCACAGGAGAGGAUGACGUCGGCCCAGGCGCUGAAGCACCCGUGGAUCACCACCAACGCUGCAUCCUCCAGCAUGAAGAACCUCCACAGGACAAUUUCACAGAACUUGUUGCAGCGGGCGUCCUCGCGGGCCAACAGCACCAAGUCUGCACGCUCCACGCGAUCCACCAAGUCCAACAAGUCCAAUCGCUCGCUCAGGUCGGACCACCGGAGGGUCCAGGCGUACGAACUGGAGAAGCUGAACCUGGACGAGGGUUGAAGGCGAUACCGCGGACUCUCUCACACAGGGUCGCUCCGUACCACGUACUGUCGCCAGUGUUGCCACUAAGGAAUGUAGAUACUUUCUACCUUCACCGUCAAGUGCCAAGUAUCAACCAUGUGUAUAAUGUGUAUGUCAAGUCUGUGAUGAAAAAAUCCUACUCAGAGGAGGUCACAAGCUGAUCUUCAAAGUCUAUUAACACAAGUUUUGCCAGGGGUAUUUCCUCUGGACUGUUCAAUAGCCAAGUAAUAUUCCAAAGUUUCGCCAAGUGUAAAAUUCAGGUGGAAAACCUGAUGGCAGACACAAAGUCAAGGGUCUUUCUCUUUGUGAAAUUGAACAAAAAUAUUUUCCAGGACAGGUACUUUACAUAACUGAAAUGACGUAUUGCCAAAAACAUUCAAAGUGACCUAUUUCCAUUACACAGUAAGUGCCUUUACGCAGGGCUACCUUGUUGGAACAAGUUGGCUAAUUUCUCCUGCAGAUCCUAUGAAGAUUUUACAGCAUUACCCUGAAAAUUAUUUUGGUAAUAACUUUGUAAUUUGUAAUCAGUGCCUGGAAUUACCAUCUUACAUCAGCUAAUUUCAUAUUUGUGAAUCAUGGAUGUGAUUUUGAUAACCCCCAGAUUCUUUGAUAACUUGGCAAAGGAAAUGUUCCAGUUAUAUGAUCUUCCAAACCAUGUCAUAGAAGUGAAAAAGGAAGCUAUGUUUUGUGUAUGUAUGUAUGUUCUAAUCCUGUUUGUAUAUAAUGUAUAUAAAUAUAUAUAAAUAUCUAUAUUUGUGGAUUUUCAGGCCACACAUGCCUUGAAAUCAUGAGUUUUACAAAAUUUUGUGAUGAUUAUUUUUGAGAUGACAAAUGUUAGAAAUCCUACUUGUGAUUUGAUCUUCCAAACUUGAAUACUAACUGUGCAUCAUGACCAUAUAGGCUACAAAGGUUCCACUGUGUAGUUUUCCUACAGUAAAAAAAUGAUUUCAAAAUGCUAAGAAGCAACUGUGAGCAUGGCCCAAAAGUAAUUCCUGUCAUCAAAAGACUUUCUCAGGUAUUCAAGAUAUAAUACAGGUCAAAAUAUGAGUAAUGACAAUAUGAAACGUAAAAUUGGCAAAUAAUUGGUGAGAUCGGUGUGGCCUGUUAUUUUGGGUAUCUGCAAAAGAAAUCUGGGAGACAGCAGAAAAUCCCAUUAUUGUCUCCAAGCACAACAUGAAUCAGGUAAAUGUGUGUAAUGUAAGAAAAGCACACUUAAUGAAGGGUGGGCAAGAACUGUCAGCUUUGAACAUUCGAGCACACUUGACAGAGAUCAGGAUUAUUUGUACCAAUGGAGAAGAGUUUCGCUGAAAAGGUUCUUCCAAUCUGGUCUCUCAAUGUUCACUGCCAUAGUGAACUUCUCUUGUGGAACAGGUUUGGGUUAAUGGUAUUCACCAAAUUUUGCAGCCUAAAAUGAUGCCUGUAGUUGUAUGUAUUUUCUCAAUCAAUGAAGAGUUGUGUCAGGGACCCAUCUCAACAGUUGUUUUUUCUACAAGUGACAAUAAGUCAUGUUGUACCAUACUGUCAAUGGCUGAGAACAUGAUGUGAUGUUAGGUAUUGUCUACUAGUGUGAAAUACUUCCGUGGAAAACACAACAUUCCUCUGUGAAACUUAAGGAUUAGGUAACAUUAUUGUAAACUAAUUUAAUUAUUUUGUUCAUAUUUGUAUUAAGAUAUUUGUCCUAAAUAACAGAAGUUUAUCUGGAGCAAUUUUGUGUUGCGAUGUCAUGGACUGGACAACUUGUUUCAAGGUGCCUUCCCUUUUUGUGGACAGCUUUUGAAUUUGAGGAAACCUUGUCCACAAGUGUUACUGUGACACCUCAAGUAACAUUGAAGUCUUGCCAGUGCCUUCUUGGAAGUUUGUGCAAUUCAACAUGUACCCAUCAUUCCAUGUUACCCACAAUUCCACACUGUACAGUCCAUGAGUCAACAACACAAGUUGUUCCAGUUUAGGUAGAGAAAAAAGUUUUCAUUUAAAGAUGUUGUUUCUAUAUAUAGCUGAGUUUGAAAAGACUCCAUUCUAAUGCUUUGUUAGUAUUCACAAUAAAAAAGUUAAGAUCUGAA